CAGAGACAACUACAUGCUCUGUACGGACGUCCUGAGCUCGACGCUGUCGGUGCUGGUCCACUUCAGCAAGGCGGGAGAGUUUGGCGUUCAUUUAGCGGAACUGACUGUAGAUCCGCAGGGAGCUCUGGCCAUCCGUCAGCUAGCGUCUGUAAUUUUGAAACAGUAUGUGGAAACUCACUGGUGUUCUCAGUCAGAAAAGUUUAGACCUCCAGAGACCACUGAAAGGGCAAAAGUUGCCAUUAGGGAGCUCCUACCCAACGGGCUGAGAGAAUCAAUCAGCAAAGUGCGCUCGAGUGUCGCUUACGCGGUGUCAGCCAUCGCCCACUGGGACUGGCCUGAAGCCUGGCCCGAGCUCUUCAACCUCCUCAUGGAGAUGCUGGUCAGCGGCGACGUGAACGCGGUGCACGGAGCCAUGAGAGUGCUGACAGAAUUUACACGAGAAGUGACGGACACACAGAUGCCACUUGUUGCUCCUGUCAUUCUUCCGGAGAUGUACAAAAUUUUCACAAUGGCAGAGGUGUAUGGUAUUCGCACAAGGUCGCGUGCAGUGGAGAUAUUUACCACGUGUGCCCACAUGAUCUGUAACAUGGAGGAAUUGGAAAAGGGUGCGGCCAAAGUCCUGAUUUUUCCGGUGGUGCAGCAGUUCACAGAGGCCUUUGUUCAGGCCCUGCAAAUGCCUGAUGGACCUACAUCAGACAGUGGGUUUAAGAUGGAAGUCUUGAAGGCUGUGACAGCACUUGUGAAGAACUAUCCGAAGCACAUGGUUUCCUCAAUGCAGCAGAUCCUGCCCAUUGUCUGGAACACCCUUACAGAAAGCGCCGCCUUUUAUGUGAGGACAGAAGUAAAUUACACAGAAGAGGUGGAGGACCCUGUGGAUUCUGAUGGUGAAGUAUUGGGCUUUGAAAAUCUAGUGUUCAGCAUAUUUGAAUUUGUUCAUGCCUUGUUGGAAAACAACAAAUUUAAGAGCACAGUGAAGAAGGCUUUGCCAGAGCUGAUCUAUUACAUCCUCCUUUACAUGCAGAUCACAGAGGAGCAGAUAAAAGUUUGGACUGCAAAUCCACAGCAGUUUGUGGAGGAUGAAGAUGAUGAUACGUUUUCCUAUACCGUGAGGAUUGCUGCACAGGAUCUGUUGCUGGCUGUGGCUGCCGAUUUCCAGAACGAGAGCGCCACCGCUUUGGCUGCAGCAGCUACAAGACAUUUACAAGAAGCGGAGCAGGCCAAGAACAGCGGCGCUGAGCACUGGUAAGGACACUGAUAAGAAUGGCAAGCUCUCGUACAGCGUUGGCUGCAGCCC